AUGGCGUCCAAUAUUGCCUUUCUGUCGCUGGGGUAAGAAUCUAGGAAAAGUUUUUGUAAGUACUUUUCAUCUUGAAAGCAUCUGAUCUUAAGUAAAUAAAAUAUCUUAAGCCAUUUUCGGCUACGUGUACAAGGAACCAGACAAAUUUUCAAGUGGCUGAAAAUUUUGACCGCACACUUCUUUCACAUGUAACCGUUCAAUAUAACAUGAUUUCUAGGCUCAAUCCAUUAACAAGAUUACCAAAAAGGUUUUUUUUAUCUGCUAUGUCGACGACUUUAGUUUACAAAUUUCAGGCUCAGCAACAUUUAAGACAAAAUCGAAUAUUUCGUUUGAAUCGCUUGAACUUCAUCAGCGAUGUUAAAUGUCAGGUUACGAAAAAGAAAGGUUGUUACGUAUUCCCAGGAGAGGAUCGUAAUUGGUCGGGAGACCCAGUAACUCUUUCCUCUUCAGAGAUGGGUGUCUUUGUUUGACGGCAAAGGCCUCCUUGACGCCGCGCUUUGUGGCGUUACUUUUGCCAGAUUGUACUAAUACAUUGUUAUUACCUUACAAAAACUACGAAAGUUCGAGUAAAGGUGGUUCCUGGGGCUAAGUUCAAGAGCGUUGUAUAAAACACUUACCAAACACUGAAUCAAUCUCGUAAGGCACUUGUCCAUUGCUCCACAAGUAGAUCUUGUUAUUUACAGCACCCCUUCUCGUGUGUGGCCUUUUUCUUCUUCUUACGCCCUCAGCGACAAGCGCUACUACGUUCGGGGACAAUUUUAUGUCUCCCUCAAGCUUGUCUAUUUGCGAACAAAAAACGAAGAAGAAGAAGUGAAAGGAAAGUUGAAUAUAGGAUACUAAUUGCCUUAGAGUUUUAUGAAUUCCUACCUGGAAUUUCCCAAAGAUAUAUUGAUCAACAAAAAAACGUUAGAUAACACACUCAAAAUUAAGGAUCUGAUUUCCAUUCACCUCAAAGCAAGAGCCCACAUGGCACUUUUGCUCAUAGAAAAAAGCCAGUAAAAACACUCGGGUGCGCCAGCGCACUUUUUAGUGUUUGGAUACCCGAAGAAAAACUCCUUCUCGUGUUUGACAGAUCACUUAUAUAUCGAUGUUUAAAAAUCGGAUACCUCACUCUUACUUGGUUUUGUUAUAUUUGAUAUGAUAUCAGAUGAAUCGGUGUUUGUAUAUCAGCGAAAACACUCUUUCUAAUAUUUGGAUAUAUUACUCCUCGGUUCAUGGAUAUCAAAUGAAACACUCAUUCUCGUGUUUAGAUAUAUUACCGGCAUCGUAGUUUUGAUAUCGCAUAAAACAUUCCAUCUCGUUUUUUGAUAUAUUACUGAAGCCCCUGAAAUUGUAUAAUAAAUUAGGACCGACUUGUUGGAAGGACGAUUCUUACAGACUGAUUAAUCCAGGGCUAGUUACAAGAAGAACUCGAUUAAAGGUAAAGGGGCUAUAAGCCACAUCGCUCAGGUAGACGAAUGCAUGCAUGGGUUAACUACUAAAAAUUAAAUCUCUCCACCUAUUCCCGCCCCCAACCCCCACUUUUCUAGCAAAUUAAUCAAGUCAAAAUUCAAGCUGUCCUCCAGCCCCUCCCACAUCUAAAUUUUAUAAGAUUAUGAGCCUUAUGGCCUAGUUUGUGUAACCUGGGUAAGUCAAACAACAGUUGUUCACACACACACUGUGGUAAUAUUUUAAACGUUAUUAAACUGCUGGAACAGUUAAAACUGUCUAGCUUUUUAUUGGGUUCGAAGAUAACAAUAUUCAGUGGUUUCCAGCAAGAGUAAAGCAUGUAAAAAUAAACUUGACUACGACUUAAUAGGGGCAGCUGGCCUUUGUUUUGUUUUUUUUUUAGUUGCAAAAGCCCUCACUUUCAAAGUGAUAUCGAGUAUAAAACCUUCAAUUUGAAAAUGGAUUAUGUAAACAUGAAGAUAAGGUGAAAGAAAAAUAAUUUUGAUAUCGGACCUCGCGGGAGGUGAGUUAUGCUUUGUUCUUUCUUCAUUCAGAAUCGACAUUUUUGUAACUCGUCAGCUUAUGUUUGAAGAAAAGUAAGUAUAAACCAAGGAUUCGAUUAAGUCUGCCAAGGAUUCUUAAAAGAGAUACGAUUUCUGCCUACAGUCAAGUUCACGUGUUCUUGAAAUGACAGGGUUUCAAGUUUACCCAAGUCUGAAAGGUAUUGCGCUCUACCCUGUUGUCUCUUGCUGUUUCUCUAAUAGGUAGUACACAGUCUAUCCCCUGGGACUCCCAUGUAAAGGCGGAAGUAGGAAAAAAUUAGGAUUAACCCCAGAAAAAAAAAACAAUCUGGGCGUGGCUCUGGCUUUUUUUUUGGACCCUAAAGGACCGGCUUGUCCGCCAACCAAGUGACAAACCCAUCGAAAACAACUUGGCUUUAGUAUAACCAAAUGAACUGAAUUUUUGUUCCAGGGAGUACUGCAAAGGCCAAAAUGCUCUCCGUCCCUCAGAUCCCCGGCAUCGUGACAACUGAGCCCAAGGUUGCUAAUCCGUUUCGCCAGCAGAAACGACUCGGACAAAAGCCAGUUAUGUCUUCAAUGUUGUAGGUAAAUCCUGCUUGAGCUAUUAUUAGCAAUUAAUCAAAUUUCACUAUUAAAAGUACACGAAGUCAGUACCUCGCAGAAACUUGGUGAAAUCGUUUUUGGCCUUGACAAUAUCAAACACAUAAUUUAGAACAUGAGUGCCACGUACCUUCACAAUCUCGAUUUCAAGCAAAAACCACCCUGCAGCUGCCCCUUGUCCAUUCCAGCUUUAGUGUCGUUCACCCAAAAAGGUUUAUCUUUUUAGCCAAGUCAGCCUUUAAGUUAAUAUGUAUCUAAAAAAUUGAAGACUAUCAUUAAGAAAAAUAUAAUGAAGUUGAUUACCAUGUCCGUGUGCCUCGGCCCAAGGUGGAAGUUUUUCUCCUUUUCCACCCUUUUUCCUGCUUAAUGCUCCUUCGUCUUCCGUGCUUCUCAUUAGCAUCCUCGAAGCCGGCAACGCAACAAUACUUCUUAUCAGGACGGCGAUAAAUAGAUUAAUAAUUACAAUCUUGACUCCGUAAAGAAAACUCAUCGCUUUCAGAGUAAAAAAAAGGCUCAAUGUCAACCAGUCAAAACACCAGUCUGAUAUUAGGCUUUUUAGAACGAACUAACCAAAAUAACAGCACUGUGGUCCACGUCUUUACUUUUUGAGCCAGUCUGGAGGCCGCUUAGAAAUCCUUUCCCAGCUGUACUAAUAAACAUUUUCUUGACAGUUUUAUAAUUUUCUGUUCAAACUUUUUCUUUUGUUCAAAGUGGCUGUAGAUGGUGUGAUAUUGCUUAAAUUUUAUGGUGUGGGGUUCGAAACACUAAACAUCAACGAGAAUGAAAGUGUUAUAGACCCGCAAAUUACAGAAAUACAAGUUUUGAUAAAUUUCGGCUUGCCUCAACUCUUGUUUAUUCCUCGGCAGAAAGCUGUUGUUUACUUUGUAAAUGGAAAACAUUUUGACGCCUUCUUCUGAAUUGACCAUAGAGCUCAACAGAUAUGCAAAGUGCAUUUCAGGUUAAGGUUCAUUUACUAACGAAGUUCAUAGUGAGGCUAUCAAAUGUGACAGGAGUUAAUGGCGUGUUUCUCAAACUGUUUGUGCACUAAAAAAUAAAUUAUUAUCAGUAUAUGAUAAGUGGCCGGACUAGCAGGGAGGAGUGGCCAGUUUGGGUGAAAUACUCAGGACCCAUUUUCCAACAAAAUUAUCUAAGAUGCUAACUGUUUAAUUUUUGUUUUGUGUCAUUUUGUUUUCACUUACUUAGCACGGUUAUACUCAUAAAGUUAUCCUUAAGUCUCUUUGUUGUCGAGGAGAAAAUUUAUAAUCCUGGAAAUCUUCCUCACUCGGACAGAUCUUGGUCGACUAUCCUGCGCACCUACCGCGCGCGCCCACCGAUCUGUUUUCGCGAGCGCCUGACUUCUAACCAACCAAGAUCGGCUCCUGACCCAACUUUAAAAGUAUGUCGCGCACAUUAGAAGACACUUUAGGGGAAUUGGCUAAUUUCAUUGCUUACGGAUCAACAAGUACUGUGAAUCUACUAAAAUUAUAUAUUGCCGCACGCAAGACACGUGUUAGAAAUCGUGUGAAUCGUUAACCCUGGCUGCUUAGGGACCAGUCAUAAUUUAAAUUGGAGGGGGGGAGGGGGGGGGGAGGAGAAAUUUGGGGGCCUUCAAUUUUGUUUGGAUGGAAUAUGGGGGGCCUUAAAAUGCCAAAAGAUGACUUUGGGGGGUCUUCAAGUUUCUUUUAAGUAGCAUCCCCACUGAGUAGCAUGAUGCUUGAGUAUUAAAGGACCUGAUUUUGAUUCAGUUUUACACAAAGUCCUAACUAAAUAAUUUAAUCAGCAUUUUGACAAAAAGCCGGAUUUAAUGCUCAAAUAGUAGGUGAAUCAACACAACAUCCAUUAUUGUGUAACACUGAAACAAUUUCAUUGGCAUUUUAACAAAUGAUUACAUGCAUAAAAUCAUGUCACGCAAUCUCACUAUCCGACCCCAAGAACCCUCCACACCAGCCUAGUCCCUAGGGGUUCUCGGCUCGGUCACCGUGAGCUCUGACGUCACCGAGAGAUACACGCCGAGAUACACGCCCUCUCUUUCCCAGACUUCGCGCGGACAUCGGGGCAAGAGAGAACGCCUAGGGACUAGGUUGCCUCCACACUAUAAGAGCGUGUUUUGUACGCCAGUGCGAAAUGAUGAUGGUAGCCGCAGAGAUCCUGAUGACUGGCAGCCAAGGGCUCAGUUGAAACGCUUAUUUAAUUCAUCAGAAAUAACCCUCAAUGAUACAGAUGCCAUUAAAGAAUAUGCAACAAAGUUCGCUGUUGAUGAAAAAUACUUGCGUUCAUAUCUGGAGCACCUGACAACACUGAGACUCAAAGAAUCCAUCAGGUCUACUCAGAGGCAAACUGACAAAAGCAAACGAGACCUAAAAACAUACAAUGAGUAUGACUGGCUAGACAUGUCUCUAAAAGAAACAUUGCAACAACUAACUGUCAAAGAACUUGAGAAAUAUCUAACUGCCCAUGGACUUGGCAAGUAUGGUAAAAAAAGUGACAAAAUAAAAACCAUCAGCUGCCAUGUACUGCGAAAUAAUGAGCUUAAUUCUAUAAAAGAGAAAUAGUUGGAAAUGGCAGACUCCAUGUCCUAUGCUGACCAGCAAGAUGACGAAUCACUCUCAGAUGACGAUUAUGUAGUUGGAACAUUCGGAAGUGACAGUGAGUAA